AUGUUGACAAGAAAUAAAAGAGCGGCGCGAGCCCCUCAACUGCGCCGCCCUCAUCCACUACCUUCAAAACCUUUAAAGAAACGGUAUAAGUGGAGUCAUGAACUGACACUAUCACUGCUGGAUACUUUAAGCAAGCCUGAACACCGCGACGCGUUUACCUCAAACGGUCUACAAUUUUCAAGGGAUAUGGCAAUACGAUAUUUCAAUAAUGUUGAUCGUGCCAUGAUGGUGAAUAGUAAAAUCGUUGGUCUCAGACACAGAUAUUUCAAAGUAAAGGCCCAGCAGCUUGUUCGCCGUACUCCAAUCCGGUUUCGCUAUUAUCAUGAAUGCCAAAGGGCGUUUGAACCACACCUGAUACCAUUAGUACUCAGAAUACCAACAACAUCCGAUCAACAACAACGCAAUCGGCCUAUGGUUGUUCCAAAUGGUGAUUUACAAAAUGACGAUGACGAUGAUACUAUAUCCUUGUCUUCACUCGAUAAUGGCAGCGUACUUUCUUCUCCAGUUGACCCCUCAGAUUAUCAUUCACAAGAUGAUCCCUCACAUCAUCAUUCAGCAGCUGAAUACCCACAUCAUCAUCAUCAUCGUCAUUCACGGGAUUAUCGGAGUCCAGCUACACCACCAACCCGCGAGCCAUCAAACCGUGAACGUGAAUUAAGGGAAAAAGAGAUACAACUACAAUUGCAGAUGAUGAAACAUGAGAGGAGCAUGGCAAAAAUGAGGAUCAAGGAAUUGGAAUUGAUGCUUGAGAUCACAAAGGAACAAGGGAAAUUGCCACCUCCCGCAACGACGUCUCAUCCAUCCUAUCAUACAACCGCUAUGCACUCAUCUUUUGCUACCGCCAUGCAUCCAUCCUACUGUUAA